AUGUCGUCUGGAAAUGACGUCUCUAAGAGACGAAGGAUACCUUCCAGCGAGAAAAACGACCACCAGGCGUUGGAUACACAGGUCAAUGAGUACCUCCACGAUAUGAACUACGUCGACGAUGUCCAGAAUGAGGUCCGACUCCAUGGAUUUGGAGUGGAUCUUACUUCUUUGAACAACGAUGAUUUCCAAAUAGACCCCUCCAUUACCAACCAAGAAACCAAACAAAAUGCACAGGAGAAUAUGAAUACUGCGGCAGCUGCGAUGGCUGCGUACCAGAACCGUCAGAAUAAUCAACAGUCCCAAAAUGCUAAAUCUGGAGAAAUAAAGAGUCUGAGACUCAUGGAAGUCCCUGAUAACGUGGACCCAAAGAAAAUGUGUCGGUUUUGCGGGAAGACAUUUGCUCAUCCGGGAUCGUUGGGAAGACACCUUGACAACCGCAAAGGGUCUCCUAUGCAUCCCGCGGACCAGAUCGAGAAAAUUCGGUCAAAUGUUGCCAGACGAGGCAAUCCAGAGGAAGUGAAAGCAAGGCGCGCAGAGCGAGCUAGAAUAUACAACAGACGCGAAUAUGUGAAGCUCAGAAAUCGAGAGCGCAGAAGAACACAGAGCAAGAUAUAUCGUGUCAAGGAAAACACCCAAUUACAGUUUUACAAGGGUCUGAGUACACCAACUUUGGCUCCCCAUCCGUCGUUUCCCCGAAUGGUUUUAUUUUUCCUCCCGCCGUCAGAAUGGCCGCACGAUCCUCCAACGAUCCAAACAUAUGAGACGCUGAGCGCGAAGCUCGAGACAAAUAUUGAUCUGGGAUCCAAAUUGGUCAUUUUAACCCCGGGAUUAGGGAUUGGUUCCUAUAAGGAGAAAUUAAAGACCGCUUAUGAUAACUGGAUGACGCUUUCCAACGAGGCAAAGAAGAAAAUGUGGGUGAGAGAACAGCGCUUGUGUGCUCAGGACACCCUCGGGAAACUGACGCUUUUUGACUUUGCCGUGAGAGAGAAGUGGGCUCAGAAACUUACCAACGAUAAGAAGCUGGAGAUUAUGCAGAGCACAAAAUCUGAGAGCAUGGAUUCCCAAAACUACGACGACUCGUCUGAUUCAGACAGCAGUCAAGACGUGAAAAACGUCCUUGGCGAAGAGGAAUUUGCGGCUGUUGCGGCGGCAGCUGCUGCGGUGGUUAACCGUCAAGAUGUUGAUAAUUAG